AUGGUACGCUACGCACACAAUGCUGAGAAUCCAGAGAAGACAGCCAAAGCUCGUGGCCAGCACUUGCGUACGCACUUCAAGAACACCCGUGAAGUUGCUGCUGCUCUCACCGGCUUGAAGCUUUCAAAGGCUUACAAGUACCUCGGUGAUGUCCAAGAGCACAGGGAUAUCAUUCCAUUCCGUCGCUUCAACGGUGGUGUUGGUAGAGCCGCUCAAGCUAAGAACCACGGUACCACUCAAGGUCGUUGGCCAGUCAAGUCAAUUGGCUACGUUCUCAGAUUACUCAAGAACGCUGAAGCCAACGCUGACGCUAAGUCGCUUGACACUGACGAACUUUUGAUUAAGCACAUUGUCGUUCAAGCUGCUCCAAAAACCCGUCGUCGUACUUACCGUGCUCACGGUCGUAUCAACCCUUACCAAGGUAACCCAUGCCACAUUGAAAUCACCUUGGCUGUUCCAGACGAGCAAGUUGCCCGUAACAAGGAUGUCGAUGUGAACCAACCAAAGAAGAUCCACGGUAACAAGCGUCAAGUGGCUGCUCAACGUCGUUUGACUUCAGCUUAA